AUGUGUGACGAGUUUGAGGUCGGGGAUUUCGAUCCCGAUGAGGUGUUGGGUAAUUGGGGCAGCCAGAAUGGGACUGUGGCGGAAAGUGAGCCGAGCAGGUCGGCCUCCUCGAUCCCUGAAGAAUCAAAACGCCGAGUUUUGUGGUUUAGGAAUCGAAAUAGGGAUGAUCUGAGAGGAAGAAUAGGAGAGAAGAAGGUUCAAAUGGCGGGAAAAUCUUCGCCAAAGAAACCAUCAUUUUUCAAGGUCCUACUUGAUGACUUCUCUCAGCAUCUGCGUAUACCACAUGCAUUUAUCGAGAACUUCAGUGGACAAUCACUUCACAAAUGUGCUCUUAGAGGCUCUAGUGGACAAUGGUGGGCUAUGAAACCGGAAGAGAGAGAGAAUGGUCUAUUCUUCCAUGGCGGUUGGCAAGGUUUUGUGAAGGAUCAUUCUUUAGAAAUCGGAAAUUUUUUGGUUUUCGAUUAUGAUGGUGACUCAAAGUUUGAAGUCACAAUCUAUGAUAGAAGCGCAAGCGAGAAAGAUGUAGAACUAGCCAGGAGGAGAAGUGGCAAUUCUGUUUCCUCAAUGAACAAAGGAAGUCGUGCCAGAGUGAAAGAUGAAAUUCUUGACCUUGAUCAAACUAAAAUCUACAACGAAGAUACAGAAAACAAAACUAACAUUGCGGACAAAAGAAGUUGUAAGUUGAACUCUUGA